AUGGCACUGCUGGAGUUCAAACUCAGCAAAGCCCUCACAAUGGCAGUGUUUCUCAAGAUCAGAAAUGAAGAAGUUCCUGAAGAUCUAAUUCUGUUCCCAACAACUUCACAUUUGGAGGCUUGCCAAUUUGUUGCAACAGAUCAUACAGCACAAUUAUGCCUUCGGAUUGUUGAUUGGCUUGAAGGAUUAGCCUCCAAAGCUCUUGAUUUGGAUAACAAGGUGCGCGGUUCUUAUAUUGGUACUUAUCUGCCCAGCACUGGAGUUUGGAAUCAUACUCAGCGGCUGUUAAAGAAAGGUGCUUCAAAUUCAAAGACAGUUCAUCACUUGGAUUUCGAUGCUCCAACGCGUGAACAUGCUCAACAACUAUCUGAUGACAAAGAACAGGAUGAGUCUCUUCUGGAAGAUGUCUGGACUUUACUAAGGGCUGGAAGAUUGAAAGAGGCAUGCGCUCUUUGCAGAUCUGCUGGACAGCCAUGGAGAGCUGCAACUCUAUUCCCAUUUGGUGGGUUGGACCAAUUUCCAUCUGUCGAAGCCUUAGUAAAAAAUGGCAAGAACAGAACCCUGCAAGCCAUUGAACUGGAAAGUGGCAUUGGUCAUCAAUGGCGGCUUUGGAAGUGGGCUUCAUAUUGUGCAUCAGAGAGAAUUGCAGAGCAAGAUGGUGGGAAAUAUGAAACAGCAGUAUAUGCAGCUCAGUGUAGUAACUUAAAGCGCAUUCUCCCGAUUUGUACAGACUGGGAGUCUGCAUGUUGGGCAUUGUCCAAGUCAUGGCUUGAUGUUCAGGUUGAUGUGGAAUUAGCCCGCCUUCAACCAGGUGGAGUGGAUCAAUUUAAAAGUUAUGAAGAUGCAAUUGAGAGAAGUCCGGGACAAGGUGUUGGUGUUUCUGCGUCGAGUGUGGGAUCAGAAAAUUGGCCUCUCCAAGUUCUGAAUCAGCAACCUCGAAAUCUUUCUGCUCUUCUGCAGAAACUUCAUUCAAGUGACACAGUGCAUGAAGCUGUUACUCGAGGAUGCAAGGAGCAGCAGCGGCAAAUUGAGAUGAAUCUCAUGCUCGGGGACAUACCACGACUGCUGGACCUCAUAUGGUCAUGGAUAUCUCCUUCGGAAGAUGGUCACAGUGACUUCAGGCCGCAUGGUGAUCCUCAGAUGAUUCGUUUUGGCGCGCAUCUGGUACUUGUGCUUAGAUAUUUGCUGAGUGAUCAAAUGAGGGAUGCUUUUAGAGAGAAGAUGAUGACUGUUGGUGAUCUCAUUCUUCACAUGUAUGCGAUGUUUCUGUUUUCAAAGCAACAUGAGGAGUUAGUUGGAAUUUAUGCUUCUCAGCUUGCACGUCAUCGUUGCAUCGAUCUGUUUGUGCAUAUGAUGGAGUUAAGGCUUAAUAGCAGUGUGCAUAUCAGAUAUAAAAUUUUCCUUUCAGCUAUUGAAUACUUGCCAUGUUCUCCUGGCGAUGAUUCAAAAGGUAACUUUGAAGAAAUUAUUGAGAGGGUUCUUUCAAGGUCUCGAGAAGUCAAAGUUGGAAAAUAUGAUAAGACAUCUGAUGUUGCAGAGCAACACCGAUUACUGAGUCUUCAAAAAGCUAUGGUCAUUCAGUGGCUCUGCUUUACACCUCCUUCCACGAUUAAUGAUGCUAAGAUUGUUAGUGCCAAACUUCUUCUCCGAGCAUUGAUGCAUAGGUAACUCACCAUACGUUAAUGAAGAGGAUUUCAUAGUUUGGUGUUUUGAUUUUCUUUUUCUUUUCUUUUCUGACAAAUGCUAUUUUUGGUGAUAAUGAAUUGAAGUUAUGGUUUUCAAGUGUUGCUGGCUUUAAAUCAGGAGUCAGCUUGAUGUUUUUGAUGUAUUCAUUGCUCUUGGUGCUUAUAGGUUAUAAGGUGGUGUUUUUGUAAUUCGCCUGUGCUUCUCACAUUAGUGUUUUUUCACAUCAUUUGCUUUUGCACUGUCAUCAUUCAUGCUUGCAGGGUUUGCUUGAUAUCAAUACUUAGCUGUCAUUCUUUUCUUCUUUUGUGUACGUGUGUUCUUAGCUUCAGUCUCACUGAACAUCUGUUUUUGAUUAUUUCCAUAGCAAUGUACUGUUCAGAGAG